AAUCAACCCCCCCAGCACCUUCGAGGAUCAGCGCCAAGCCCCCGACCUGACCUGAUCUCGCUGUCACUGCCCACCCUCCUGCCCGUUCGCUUAUAAUCCUCGUUCCCUCCUACCGACUUUCUUCCUUUCUUUCUCCCUCCUUUUCCCGCCCACUUUGACCAUCUCGCGCCACUACUUUGGUUUGUUCCGCAUCCAUCAAAUCUCAUCAACCAACCAUCAAUAACUUACCACCUGCACAACUUUUCAUCUUUCAAACACUUUUGCAAAUAUGACUGGACGCGGCAAAGGCGGAAAGGGCCUCGGCAAGGGUGGUGCUAAGCGUCACCGCAAGAUUCUUCGCGACAACAUCCAAGGUAUCACCAAGCCUGCCAUCCGACGUCUCGCUCGCCGUGGCGGUGUCAAGCGUAUCUCGGCCAUGAUCUACGAAGAGACCCGCGGUGUCCUCAAGUCUUUCCUCGAAUCCGUCAUUCGUGACGCCGUCACCUACACCGAGCACGCAAAGAGAAAGACUGUCACUUCGCUUGAUGUUGUGUAUGCCCUCAAGCGACAAGGCAGAACCCUCUACGGUUUCGGUGGUUAGACUUCCUGAUGGUCGAUGCCUAGAGACUUGGUCAACGCGAGAGAUAUGGACAUGGGCUACGGGGGUUAUGGAUGAUGAAACAUGGCGCAUGGGUCUGGCUGUAUUACAAAACUAUUGACGUUGGUUUUUUUAUGGCAAGGGGUUGAAGAACUUUGUGUCCUGCUCGACAAAGACGCAGCAAUGCUCGAGAUGGAAUUUUGCAUCCUUUUGAGUGGACCUCUUACAGAAGACAAGUAGUCAAUUGUAACACAAUGGAAAACAAUUGAGUCGAAAUCAA